AAGAUGUGCGUGUGUCAUUGGGAGUAUUGGGGGUGUUGCUCUGACCCGCGUGCGACAACAACGAAUUGUGCGAUCGUCGUUCCCGACGACGUGUGAACAACGCUUCCUCUCUCUCAUACUUGUAUGCACUUGACGCGCGAUCCUCGUGACUCUGAGAGACAGCAUAUGCGCUCAAAAAUCUUGUUGCUGAGGUUCUUCAUAAAGUAAGCCUGCGAACGCCCCAUCUCGACUUAUUAAUGUACAGGAUAACCGACUAAUAGGAUUGUACGCAAGUACGUCCAAUAAUGUCAUCGAUUAAUAGUAUUGAUUCCCACGGGACAUUACAGUGGGAUAUGAUGGAAUUGGCUCGUCAUUUGCGACAGGAAAGACUAUUUGUUAAUUCAGAACAGCAGAACUUGCAGACUCUUAACGAACGAGUCAUGCAUGUCUCGUCGCAGUUAGCGCAGCAAGCAUGGAUAACUGCUCAGCAAAGAGUCAAUCUGAAUCGCCUGAUAGUAGCAAGGCCAGAUUGUACUCCAGCGUCAUGUUGCCUAAGAGCAAACGCAUUGGAAAAUUCACAUUUUAUCGAUGCGUACAAGUACCUGCGCUACCAAGCGUGUUUGUCCUACGGAGAAUUUUUAGGUGCACUACGAAAGUCACCCAAGCUCCUCGCUUCGUGUUUGGUCGAAGGGGACAAAACCAUUCCAGAAUCGAUGCAGACAAUUGUACAGUGCUUAGCUGCUGGAUUAUACGGUAGCUGCAUAUUGCCAGAGGAUAAAAGUUUAGUCCUUCAGCUACUGAGGCAUCUUAUGUUGCUGCAAAUAAUUCCAUCUGACAACCCACGAAGAUUGCUUAGGCAUGGAACGUGCGCGUUUUCCAGAUUUUACUCAAUCUUUCAUGAAAGCCUGUUCUCCGCAAAGCUUUUCUUGACAGCAGCUUUGCAUAACCCUAUAGUGCAGUUACUUAUGGAAGAUGAAAUGUUCUUGGACAUUGAUCCGGAUAAAGCGCCUAUUAGAUUUCCACCUGCAGAAAGAUUGAAAAAAUUCGGGAAGGAAGGCACGGCCGAAUAUCAAGCGAAGUUACAGCGUUAUAGACUGUGGACAGUUAAUUCUUUGCAUCGUAUUACGCAGAGAUUUAUCAUCAAUAUUCGUGAAACAAUACAUUGUUUUCCUACGAGUGUUUGCUGGCUUGUAAGGCAAAUGGCAGGGCUUCUUAGUAAAAAUGGAAAUGUAGAUCCAAAAGAAGUGCAUGCCAUGUGCACUGAUCUUGUAUUUACAUACUUUAUUUGUCCUGCUAUAGUUAAUCCUGAGCCUUACGGUAUUACCGAUGCACCGAUAAGUUAUGUUGCAAGGUUCAAUCUAAUGCAAGUUGGACAAAUUUUACAAAUGCUUUCGCUACAAAAGUAUCAAAGUAUCGAUAACAAAGUUAUUGAUCUUUACAAAAAGUUUGAGAAAGAUUCAGUGUCUUCCAUAAUAGAUUCUAUGUUGGAUGGUGCGACAGAAGAGUUGGAAGAGGAACCAAUGAUAAUUGACAAUAAUAAAUUUCAAGGCUUGUCACGAUCCGCAGCAUUGUUUACGGAAAGCGAACUGAAUUCCUUAAUUACAUUUUUGAACACGAUUGUUGGUGAUAACAAUGGAGAAACAAUAUUGCAUAAUUCAUUUGAUAGAAAACAAUUAGCAGAAAUGCUGUCGCAAUUACCUUCGGGUUUACUGCAUAAUAAUAAACUAAGUAAGGAAUAUUUGGAAACACCUAGUAAACGAGGUGUUGCUGCAGGGAAAGGAAAAGGACGUAGUAUAAGGAUGACUACAUUCUCACCAAAUGUAACAAACGAAAGUGGAGAAGAAAUUAAUGGCACUGCAGUUCCUGAAGAGGAAACUGUAGAUAAAAAUUCUCACGAUGUGCUAGUCAUACCUUUUGGUCCAACAAUUGGAGAAUCCGUAGGGCUACUCAGUGAACAGAAAGUUCUAUGCAUGGAACUCCAAAGUGGUAUGGAGAAUGGACCUGUUACUUUAAAUCUCCCUGAUGACGCCUCUAAUGAACAUCCUAGACAAGAAAAUAGCAAUGUCGAACGUAUCGAAACGCAAGAGAAGAGAACUCGAUUCUCACUCUCACAUGACGAAGUUUUGUUCGAAGGAUCAAUUGGCAAUACGUCCGAUAACUUGGAAGCUGUAUCAGAAGCUGCUUCCAAUCACAGUGUCGCUUCUUCUUUAGAAUUAGAAACAGAAGAUCAAAACGAUAAUCUCUCAGACAUGGUGUCUGCUAAUGUAUCGGGGAGAGGAACUCCUAAUAUAUCAGGUCGAGAUACACCAUCGUCCCAGAUUACUGAAGGAGAUGAUGGACGCGCUGCAGGUGAAGUAAGGCAGUUGGAUUUGCCACCGCCUAAUAUCCCAACUAAACAAAGUCGAUCCGAAAUUGAUGACAAAUUUUGUAAAUUUGAGAUUAAAAAGCUUAUUGAAGAAUAUGAAACUGUUUCUAUGGUAUCCGAUACUUGGUCUACAGAUGUGUUGGCCUCAGAUAGCGAAAUAGUUGAACAACAGGAUCGAAUACUGCUUGCUGUUCCGCCUGAACAGGUUGCACCUGUUCUGCCUGCUGAACCUACACCAACUAUGUUAGACAUCAGUGAAACCGCCUCUGAAGCCUGGAGCACAGACGUAUUAGCUAGUGAUUCAGAAAGAUUAACUGAAGUAGAUACUGAUGACACUGCUAGCGUUGCUAGAUCUGAUGAUACAGCCAGAUCCGAAAUCGAAAUAGAAAGCCGUGCUGAUUCCGAAGGGAAUGAAGAAACGCUUCAAUCUGCAACCCCAUGUCCGGAUGGCUCAAGCAUCAGUUUUUCGACAAUUUCAGGGAUUCGAGAGGAUUCUGGCAUAGCAACUUCAAUAGUUCAUCCAUCUCCAACAACAUCUCCAUUACCGUCGUCGUCAAAUGUAACAGGUCGUGGUGGAACCAAAUACGAUUACCGACGUAGUACAAUGGAAUACGUAGACAAAAACGCUAACAAUAUAAGCAAUAUGGAUUAUUCUAAACCGUUACGGGACGACAGGCUGGUCCACUUGAUAGAUAAACUUCAAAUUGACAAUGAGAAGUCCCAAAAUGGUGAUUCGAAAACAGAGGAAUUGGAUAACUGUAUAACAUCAGUCGGAGAUACUGUAGGCCGAUUAAGUACGGCUAGCUUAACAUCUAGCAGUAGUUCCGGAUCGGAACCUCGUGUGAAAAGUAACAUUUCAGCAUCGGAUUUACCAACACCAACGGUUAAUGGCACUUGUGAUGCAGUAGAUGGAUCGAUUCCCAAUUUUUCCAAGCCAAAUGCAUCAACGGGAGCUAUUCCAAAGAGUAUAAGCUUUGACAUGACUGCUGAACGUGGUGAUAAGGAAUUGUUGGAUGAUGAUCAAAAGAACAAACGCGGUUUCUUUGGUAAAUUAAAAAUGACAUUGAGAAAUCGUAGAGGUAAAGCAAUUCGCGGGGCGGACGAUAGAUGUUUUGAUCGAGAAGCUGGUGGCGACGGCGUCGAUAUGUGCAGGCACAGAUUACGCAGGAUUAUGUCGGAAGAUGUAACGUCAUCUGGUAAUGUCGCGGGCGAUACUACCGAUGAUAUAUUAGCAAAAUAUAGAAGAAAACCAAGCGCAGCUAGCGAUACAGCUUCGAUCGAAAGCAAUCAAUCUCGUACAAAAGAGGUGGAAGAUGAAAGACUUUCAAUCGAUCCAAAUAACGUAGAACUAUCUUAUGCUUUCGCGGAUGCUAAAAGAAAAUUACGCAUGGUACUUAGUACUGCUGACCUUCAACACAUUCCAUGGAAUACAUCGGAGAGACAUUGUUGGUCGCAGAAAGAAAACGAACUAGUUGCGUUUUUGCAACUGCAAUUGGCAGAAGCUAUAAACCUGCAGGAUAGGGCAUUAAUAGCUCACCUUCAUGAAACUUUACGUUGUGUGCGUCUAUUUAAUGAUGAUGGAUGUAGGAAACUCUUCAAAUCUCUUCGAGAAGACUAUCAAAAGCGAUCCCCUUAUAUCGCGUAUUUAAUUAGAUGUCGUCAAGGAUUACUGUCGACGUUAGCUCACUUAGAUAGAUUAUGCGUACGAGUUAAGUGUGAUCGAGAUGCUAUCAAUAAUCAUCUCGUAUCUGUUUGCGUAAGGGUAUUUUUGGAAAAAAGGGAGACUUUUCUCCUGCGUUUUUGUGACGAGUUUAAAAAGCUUACGUUGACUGAUGAGAAACAGGAUCUUGUGGAUAAUUUCCUAGGAAAGGUCCACGCCGAAAUGGAUAACGAUCCGAUCUGGCAAUCGGCGAGCGCUAACCAAUUAGAUUUGGCGAGAGUCGUAGUGGAAAGAACCGUUAUGGCACGGGUAUACCACAAUGCACUCUAUCCAAAUGGAGAUGGAGAUGUAUAUAGGGACCAGCUUCUUCAUGAUCACAUUAAAAAGUUGGCGAAGGUCGUAACUCCAAAUCAUAAGGACCUACGUAUUCCAAAGGUUUAUCAUUACGAAUGCCCCUGGCCAUGGGCACAGGCUGAAUUGGCUGUGAUAUCGGCGUAUAAGACUCCUAGGGAUAAGUUGCAGUGUGUAUUUCGUUGCGCGACUACCAUCAUGAAUCUUCUUUCCAUGGCGUCGGAAAGAGGCAUACCUGCUGCCGACGAUCUUAUUCCCGUGCUGGUCUAUGUCAUAAUCAAGACUAAUCCACCGUCGUUACUAUCGACUGUUCAAUACGUAGACAGUUUUUACGGGAAUCGAUUAGAGGGCGAAGAACAAUAUUGGUGGACGCAAUUCUGCUCCGCGAUCGAGUUUAUUAAGACAAUGGAUUAACAGUUUCUCAGGAGUAUCAUGAUAAAUAAGAUUAGAUUCGAUGCUGGUGAUAAUGUAGAAAUGUAUCAUAAUCAUAAUUUGACGAUUUCUUAAAGAAGACCAAUAUCUUGUGUAAAGCUAGCUGAAUAGUUUAACGCUUCCAAUUUUUUUUCUUUUUAUUAAAAUUCUUAAAUAUAGCCUCUUAAAUAGUUAAAAUCUAACUGUUAGUUCUUUCGCACGUUAUUAUAUAACAUUAGCAAAGACUGAAUCAGAUUAUACGUAAAGUAUGGCUUUAUCUUUAUUUGUAACUCUAUUGUAAAAUUUCACAGGACAUCGAAGAAAAGAAACGUUUAGAUAGUCUAUAAUUUAUGUGUAAACAAUACAAAACUUAUAGAAUUGAUAAUCAUUUAGCAGGAUAAACUGUGUUGGAGUACUCUUUCUAUGCGCACCUUUCCCAAGAAUCGACACUUGAAUCAGAUUCGAGAAAAAUAUUACUUUCGUAGCGCUUUUAUAUAAUUUUAUUUAGGAUAUAU